AUGCCGGUGCCACAGCCGCCGCAGUACCAGUGCACCAUGCAUCGUGGAUGGAGCUGGUUGAAAGAGCAAUGGAACCUUCACGGCGGCUCCAUCGCAGGACACGUAGGCUUCCAAGCAGUGUCCGCCUUGAGCGCCCGCUUGAGCCAUCCUCCAGUGCCGAUUUUCAUGUACUUGCUGGCCGCCCUGGGUACCUUGUCGAACGGUGCCUCCAUCAAUGUUUGGGGUAGUCCAAUGCCCAUCGCUAUCUGGGUUUUGAAUGUCAACUACUCACAAACCAGAAAGAGCCAGCUAACAGCGUUGAUGGAGAGCUUGUGCAGCAAGGCUGACGCAAUGGCUGAGGAACUGUGGGGUGCUGUCUUGAAAACCAAGCAAGCAUAUGCAGCUUCGUCCGCCCGAGCCGCUGCAAGUGAAGAGACCGACUGCGAGCAGGAUGAAGACACGCUUCAAUCUGUUGACGGCAGAGGCAAGCGCAAAGUACGACGAGGUUCUGGCGCUGACAACUGCCUGGAGGAGCCAUUGCAGAUCUGGUCAGUAGCCUACUUGGGUGGCACACUCGAGCGCUCCAAGCAGCGCUGCGCGGGGGACUUUCACCAGGUGCGUGCCGUGCGAGACACAGCGCCCAGCAAGCUUUGUUCUGUCCCAGCAGAUCAGGCUCGAUCUCAUGGGCAUGUGCACGACCAAGAGUUGCGAGUCUUGGCGGCGAGGGGCCUUCCAGGUCGCUUAUGGUUCUCUCAAGCCCUUGUACUCGACGAGGCAUAUGAUUUCCUUCAAGACCUAGCCUUGCUAGAUGCGCCAGGAUCGAGGAAGUCAAAUGCCGAGACACAAGGACAGACGCCAGCUGCCGGCUGGGCCAAUAGGCUUAUGCAGACCGGUCAGAGUACCUUCGAGACGAAGACCAUGGGUGUCCAUGGCGGAAAGGGUGCCCCUGCUGUCAGCUCAUCAGUCGUAGGCAACAUUCACAGUGCGGUUGCUGUCGAAAUGGCCCGCGGCAUCCGUGGAGAUCAUGGCUGUGCGACGAGGAUGAGAAUGUUCCUAGUCUCAGGCGAACCUGUCCAGCCACACGCUCGCGUUGCAGGCUGCUGCGUGGCAUCCAAGCAGAAGUGGUGCUUGCUUCCCCGCUUGGUGCAGACAGCCUUAGGCCUGGAACAGCACCUGACUUCUCCACAGGCAGCACAGGUCUACUUCCAGGACGAGCUCAUGGAGUCACAGGAUGCGCCGUCGGACGUGCUCUACUUUCCUGACGAGCGCGGGUGGCAGUACACGCUCCCCGACGGCGUCGAGACUGCCAUUCGCCUAGCUCGGCGAGAUCAUGGCUGGGAUGCGCAGUGGUGCCUCGGAGAUCGCGACUUUGAUAUUCCUGCCGAGCUCAGCGUCUACGACGCAGCAGAUCGGUUUGUGCGUCACUUCCGACAAAGCCAUCGACCCAUCGGUUUCCACGACGAGAUUUUUCUGUCCUACGCCACCUUCUACCAGAUCCAAGUGGUGGCUGCUCGUCAAAACAAGGACAUCGCAGCUGCGGCCGCCAAGGGGACCAGCCCCUGGAAGCUUGCGCAGCUCUCCGCUUGCAUAUGCCUCUGGGACCUUCUGUGGUUGCCCGCCACCACCAGCUCCUCCAGCGCGCCGAUGGAUCUGUCCGUCACCAAAGAGCAUGUCCAGCGUGCCUUCACCUGCCUCGAGAUGCUAGAAGGUUUCGGCAACGUCCUAGCAGGGCUGGAAGCAGACAAAACGUGGAUGCAGGCCCCCGCGGAGUUGCACACAGACAACAGCGACGAGCUCCUCCUGCAGAGCAAGCUUCAGGACACGUACGGUGGCACGGAAGAAGAGACUCUGUGCAAAGAUGUCAACUUCGAUCCGGCCGUGCCACAGAAGACUGGAAUCAAGGAUCAGACCAUCGCCAGACGGAUUAUGCAGAAGGCCGUGCCUGACAAGUCUCGUUCCCUUCAACCGGAUGCGGACCAGUGUUUCGCAACAAGUUCUCGCUGCACAUGGGGUCUCUUCUCCGCCAAGGAGCAGACCAAGAUGAGGCACAAGCUUUGCGUCGGAGACUUCCGUCUUGUGGCCAAGGCCGUGCCGGAAGAGAUCGGUGAGUUCCUGUGGGGAACCGACAGCUUGCAUUUCAAGCUGCCUCGUGCACAGGACAUCUCCAGCGAGGACCCCAUUCACGAUGCUCUCAAGAACUUCGCCAACAUCACCCUUGACGAGCUGUGGCUGGACCUGUCCGCCAGGCAGGCCGAUGAGACCAAGCAAAAACGUGGGGAGAAGGCGCGCGAGGCCAAGAAGCGCAAGAAGAUGGAUUCCAAGCAGCCAGACGAGGAUUGA